UGGUCUCCGGCCGACUGGACCUCCUCCGACGACAGCGUCCGCGGCGGCACCUCCUAUUCCACGAUGACAUGUACCCCGUUCUCACCGACGGCCACCUUCCACGGGAACCUCGACAUCCGUACGCUGGGAGGCGCGGGUUUCGCCUCGCAGCGGACCGUGGGCGACGAGCAGACAUGGGACCUAUCGGCAUACGACGGCUUGGUGCUGGAGAUCGACCAAACGGACGGGAAACGGUACGCCCUCGUGGUUAAAGAUGAGAUCCUGCCUCCUGGACCGGACGGACGGGAGCAGAGCACCGUCAGCUGGGAGUACGAGUUCCAGGUUGGGCACAACAACGAGACAAAUUCCGAGACGAAGAGCAGGGUUAUUAUCCGGUGGAAGGAUCUCAAACCGACGUAUCGGGGCAAGGAAAAGACCGACGCACAACCUUUGGAUCUGGAACGAGUGAAGCGAUUUGGGAUCAUGAUGCGAAGCUUCUUUGGAAAGCAAGAGGGUGACUUUUCCCUCUCCAUCGCUUCAAUU